AUGCCAUUGUGGAAAGCAUGUCUAGCCUCUGCAUUCCGAACAGCACUAGGGUGCACCAUAGUGGGUUGUGUCACCCUUUAUGGUCCUUCCUCCUUUCAAGACCUUAUAGCUUUCCCUGCAUUCUCAUAUGUGACUGUGAUUCUCAUUAUCAACGAUGCCACUUUGGGAGACACGUUACGUGGUUGUUGGCUCGUACUUUAUGCUACAAUACAGAGCAUAGUCCCUGCCAUAUUGAUCUUGUGGUUCAUCGGACCUAGUCAGUUCUCGAAGGGCACGACGGCUUUGGCGGUGGCGAUUGCUGCAUUUAUGGUGGUGCUGCCAGCAGAGACAACACAUUUGAUAGCUAAACGAAUAGCAUUGGGUCAGACAGUGAUACUUUAUGUCAUCGCUUACAUCAAUGGCGUUCACACUGAACCUCUCAUGCACCCUCUCCGCGUAGCAGCUAGCACCUCCCUUGGAGCUUUUGCUUGCGUUUUAGCAUUGCUAUUCCCCUUCCCACGUCUUGCAUGUCACCAGGUGAGAAAUAAUUACAAGCUACUAACACGUAAUACCUUAAAAAGGCUGAAGCUUUUUGUGAAGGCAAUAUGUGAACAGGACAAGACUUUAGCACUCACAUCAAUCUCUCAUGCCAAGUCUUUGGCAACUACACGAACUAAGUUAAUCCAAAUCAUCACAAAAUACCAAAAUAGCGUGAGGUGGGAGAUACCUCCAAUUAAAUUUUUGAGAUCAUAUUGCUUGUGCCCUGAAGAGAAACUUCAAGAGAUAGAUACCACCUUGAGAGGAAUGGAAUUGGCUCUAAGGAACAUCAAUUCAUUUCCAGUCACCAUACUCAACGAAGAUAUGAAACAAGGUCUUAAUAUGCUAGAGCAGCAUGUUAGCCUAACCAUAAAAGAAAUUAAACACAAUUUUCAUGGUGGUUCAAUAACUGUUCCUGAACCCAAUCCAAGAAACAUAACCAAGUUUCUCCAAUCCCUUCAAACCAUUCCAACAACCCACCAAGAUUUACCCGUUUAUUUCUACUUAUUCUGCACCAAACUCCUCCACAAGAAAUCAUUGGGCGAAGCCCAAAUUAACAUUCAAGACCAGCAGCCUCAGCCCACUCACAAAAAAGGAAAUUCUCAAGAGGGUAAAGAAAAAUGGGCCAACUGGGUGACGACAUUAAGAAGCCCAAAACUUAUUUCAUCAAUCAAAUGCUCACUCUCACUGGGCCUUGCAGUGUUCUUGGGCUUACUAUACAACAAAGAGAGUGGGUUCUGGUCAGCACUCCCUGUGGCUAUAACCUUUGCAUCAGGCAGGGAAGCCACAUUUAGAGUUGCAAAUGUGAAAGCUCAAGGGACUGUGUUAGGAACUGUGUAUGGAGUAUUGGGCUGUUUUGUCUUUGAGAGAUUCUUGCCAAUAAGAUUCUUGUCUCUUCUUCCAUGGUUCAUUUUCACCAGUUUCCUUAAGCAAAGCAAAAUGUAUGGCCCAGCUGGUGGUAUUUCUGCAACGAUUGGGGCCAUUCUAAUAUUGGGUAGGAAAAAUUUUGGCCCACCAAGUGAGUUUGCUACUGUGAGAAUCAUUGAAACAUACAUUGGGCUAACUUGUUCGAUUUUGGUGGAUCUUCUCUUCAUGCCCAAAAGAGCUUCUACGUGUGCAAAAGUUGAGCUCUCUAAUAGUUUUGCCACACUUUAUGAAUCCAUUUGCUCGUUGAGCCUACUUAAUGUUGGGACCAAAACAGACUUGGAAGAAAACCAUAGGAAGCUGAAGAUGCAAAUUAACGAGCUUAGGAAAUUUGUUGUUGAAGCAGAAUUGGAGCCCAAUUUUUGGUUCUUACCUUUUCAUGGUGCUUGUUAUAAUAAGCUUAUUGGGUCAUUAUCCACAUUGGCUGAUACAUUGCACCUUGGAGAUCAUGCCUUGAAGUUCCUCCAACAAGAAUUCCAAAGAAGUGAGGCCUCUUGGAAAGAGUAUGUGAGUGUGCUAGAAGGUGAAGUUGCACAAUUGAAGGAACUUAUUUGCUCUUCUAUAAAAAGAUUUGAGGAGAUUUCUAGAAUGAAAUCACUCAGGUUUCUUGAGGAGGAGCUUGAGAAGAAGAACAUCACUUGUGAUAUUGAAUUGGGAAGGUCACCAAAGUCUAGUGGUAUCUGCAUGGUUUCUGGUCUAGGCGAAGAUGACAUUGAAAAAACCAUUGGAUGUUAUCUCCAACAAUCAAGAAAUGCUGUUGAUAACUUAUAUGGUGUUGAAGGUGAGCAGGAGGUGAAGAACCAAGUUGUUCUGUGUUUGAGUGCUCUGGGGUUUUGCUUGAGUGCACUUGUGCGAGAGACAGUAGAAAUUGAAGAAGCAAUCAAGGAACUUGUUCAAUAUGAGAAUCCAUCUAGCGAAAUUAAUUUGUACGAUAUAUCAUGUAAACUACAUGCUUUACACAAAUGA